UCUUCUAUUUACUUCUACCCCAUUCUGGACUGACGCCAACCAAUGGCUCCAUACUCUUUUUCUCUCUCACACACUCACGCGCUUUUUGCAACCAAAAUUACGUUACAAUUACUUUACUUUACAUGACAAACCCCAGGACGAACUAAUCUUCCUUUCCAGCUGCCUUCUUCACGCUUUAGCUCAACCAUUUGAAUCGAUCCUUUCUUUGCAUUGGCUUUUCCUUGCUCUUUAGGCAAUGCUAUAUACUUUUCAGCCCAUUCCCUUCAAUUUCAGGCUUUCUUGGCUAAUUAAAUUAACCUCUGCUUUCCUUGGUGGGUUCUUGAUAUUAUUUUGUUGAUCGAGGUUCAUUACAUUCUUGAAUCGAAUCUAUUUUCCAUUAUUUUGAGGUGGAGUUGAUGCAGAAAUAAGAAGGUUUUUGGCGUUUCUUGAAGAUUUUGUUGGGCUUUGAUUUUGAGGUUUUGGAAGAUUUUGGACGGCGGAUAUUUGAUGGUUUUUGGUGUAAAGUUGGUAACUUUUCUUGUUUGAACUCAAUCUUGAUUUGAAUUUUUCCUUUAUGGAUUUCUUUGGUUAUUAGUUUAAGUUAUUGAUUCUUGAGAGGCCAGGCCUAAAAGGCUCUUGUUAUCUUUCAAUCUUGUGAGUAAUUUGGGUGAUUAAUUAUUUAAAGUGUAGAGUGUCUAGCUUGUUCUAAUUGUACUUGGAAAGAUGCAUAUUGAGGAACUGAAGGAGGGGGAAUCUGAUAGAGAGGAGGGACAAGGUUGUGGUAAUUAUAGAGAAGGUAGGAUUGUUGUUUUGGAUGCAAAAAGGGCUUUGGUUGGGGCAGGUGCUCGUGCUCUCUUUUAUCCAACCUUGUUGUACAAUGUUGUGAGAAAUAAGAUUGAAUCCGAGUUCCACUGGUGGGACAAAGUUGAUGAGUUUAUUUUGUUAGGAGCUGUUCCAUUUCCUGCUGAUGUUCCUCGCUUGAAAGAACUAGGUGUCUGUGGAGUGGUUACCUUGAACGAACCAUAUGAAACAUUGGUCCCAACAUCGUUAUAUCAUGACCAUGAUAUUGACCACUUGGUAAUUCCUACAAGAGAUUAUCUCUUUGCUCCAACAAAUGAUGACAUUUGCCAAGCUGUGGACUUCAUCCAUGGAAAUGCAUCUCGUGGGAAAACCACCUAUGUUCACUGUAAGGCAGGGCGGGGCCGUAGCACAACCAUUGUCCUUUGUUACAUGGUUAAACAUAAGGACAUGACACCUAAACUUGCAUAUGAACAUGUGAGGUCCAUUAGGCCAAGGGUGCUAUUGGCCUCUUCUCAGCGGCAGGCUGUUGAGAAUUUCUACAUCCAUCUGAAGAGAACUGAAAAUGACAUCUCAGUGGUUGAUAGAUCACCAAUAUCUAUUUUAGGUUUCCCAGCAACACUUGACCCUUCAGCUUUUGAUGAUGGAUCUGUUGUUUUAGUGACGAAAUCCGACCUUGAUGGAUAUGAUGAAAGUCACGAGUCAGGUGUAGUGGGUAAGAGUAUUAUGGCUGAGUCAAACCUAGCAUGUAGAUUUCAGUUUGUUAGUCAGGCAGCUGUUGCCAGGCUUUCGUGUCUGUGGGUUCGUUCUCAAACAGGUGAGAAAGUGUCAAAGAAGCUGGGAAGCUCCAUGACAAGCAGUCAGCUACAGAGUAUUGGUGUUGACAUCCAUGUUUAUUAAGAAUGUCAUGUGCCAGUCAGAGAAGUUGAAAUUGUUUUUUGCCUCUAUUUUCUGGCCUUAGGUGGCAAAAAUAAAAUGGUUAAUAGUAACAGGUUUCCCAUCGGCCUUUUUCUUUCUUGUAAGUUUCCGAGUCCGGAAAACUAUGUAAAAUCUGUUUCUAUAUGAGAUGGUAUUGGUUUGAAAAUUUGAGGCUUUGCUUUGAACAGUAUAGACAUGAAAUUUUGUAUCUUAGGAGAGUGUACAUGGAAUUGUAGAUUGGCUUCCAACUUGAAGUUAAUUCUAGCCAUCUGCUAUGGAUGGAUUUGACAUUGAGUAA